CUCAAAUACAUGUAGCCCAACGUCACUGCAUGAGAGGCACAUUUCAAACAAAGGUCCAUACAUGUCUUUCAUCUCUCUGUAGUGAGUCAGAGUGUGAGUUGACACCCGAACUGAGCCAUGGGAUUAGGCUGUUCUGAGGGUUACUUCUGGGACCGCCUGGUCAGGAAGUGUCUGACCUGUCAGAUGGUCUGCCAGCAGCCCAAUCGCCACCUCAGAUGCAUCGAGUACUGUGUGUCUCUGGGGUGUAAGGCGGUCCCAGGGCAGUACUAUGACAGGCUGUUGAAGAUGUGUCUGAGGUGUGCUGCGGUGUGUGGCAGCCAUCCCUCAGAGUGUUCCCACCAGUGUCAGACCCAACAGUCUGCCUUGAAUGGAAUCUUGAGGCCUGUGGAUGGGAAUGCCUUCCAGAACCAUACCAUCAGGGGGGGCUACCUACCCAGAGGCCUGCCCUACUCAACCAUCCUGGUGUACUCUCUGCUAAGCCUGUGUCUGACUCUGCUGCUGUUGACCCUGUCUGUGGCUCUGCUGGUGCUGCUGAGGAGGCCCCCCCGACCAGGGGCCACACAGAACAGUCACACCCAGGGUCAUGAAGGUCAGAAGGGCCAAGAGCCUAACCAGAACACCCAGUCCUCCAAAGAUUGCCCGAUGGAUCCAUCCCUGCUCCAGAUAAACAGUGUGACACGGAGCCGUUCGUCCAGUCCCACAGAGACUUGUGUGUGUGUCCACUGCUUCCCUGACCUCGGAGUGCCUGGCAAGGGAGAGAAGCAGCAGAGACCCCCACUCACCCUCUACCAGCAGGCUGUCCCCCAGGACCUCCACUCUCCGACCAGAGCCCCUCAGUGUGGAUCAUCACAGAGAAUCAUUUGCUCCCCCAGUCAGCCCAGCUUCUGAUUGCAGAACUGAACCAGACUGGACACUAAAUAAAUAAACAACUCAGGACAGAUCUGAUACCGCCCACUCCAGGGUGAAGGUUCCCCUAAGUACAGAUCUAGGAUCAACUUCUCCUCCCCAAUCCUAACCUGAACAAUUAGUGGGGGGGGGAGAGAAGAAAAACUGUCUCAAGAUCAGAUGUAUGAGCAGUCUGGAGUGCAGAAAUGAAUAGGUGGUGAAGGAUACAGGAGAAACUGGAGUGAGACAGAAGCGAGUGACAUAGAACAUUAUAUACAGUGGGGAGAACAAGUAUUUGAUACACUGCCGAUUUGGUAGGUUUUCCUACUUACAAAGCAUGUAG